GAUUCUCUAUGGAAAAAUGCUCCACAAGACGGGCAAGGACUCUGCUGGGAAGGGGCACAGUCAGUUCCGCAAAGCCAUUGUUUUUUGCUUUCUGGCAGGCUGCCAGCAGCAUGAACUCAAAAUUUUCAUGGAUCUCAUAUUUCAACCUUUUGUCAACUUUGCAACUGGUGAUGCUCUUAGUGCUCUAAGAGCAGCUGUAGCUUCAGUUGAUCUCAGUAAGAUGGUGCCUCUCAGGAAACAACAAGGUCUUUUGAACACAAUGGAUGUCAUCUUCAGUAAGCUUGGCAAUCUAAUAGACAGCUACCUGCCCACCAUGUAUCAGAUCUUGGUGUGUCUGGCUGGUGUCUGCGUCCAUGUGCUGGACAGGAGGGUGGACAUCCAUCCCAAGGCUAUCAACACACUAAAGACACUCAGGCAGCUGACCAUUAACAGAAUUACUCAGUUCUUCUCAUCCUUUGACAACUACUCAUUUAGCUGGCGAGACAUAGAUGCUGUGUUUGAGGCAGUGGUGUGGCCCCAGGUAGAGAGGCUGCCACAUGAAAGUCUGAGCCAUCCAACGCCAUUGCUCAAAUUGAUCUGCGCCUGGAGCCAGAGUGUCAGGUAUCUCCCUCUCCUUGGAAAGCAUCAGUCAGGGAACAAACAGCUUACCCCUCUUAAGUAUGUGUUCCAACUACUGGUGGCCCCAACAGCCAGUAGCACAGUGACCAACAUGAUAGUGGACAUAAUCGAGCACCUGUUGACCCUGGAGGAGAAAGAUGAGGAGGAAGAAGAGAUGGAGGGAAUGGUAAAACACAGGAUUACUGAUCUGGAGGUUCAUGACCUGGUAGUAGCACCACAGGCUGAACAGAUAGGAGAACCUACUAAGUAUGGAUGUAGACUGCUGCUACCACAUGUGCCAAUCAUUCUACAAUAUUUGAAACAAAUUGUUGAAAACUUGGUAAAACAAUCCUUGAAGAAGAGAGCUUUUCCGACCAGAGACCUCAACAUUUUAUCAAGGCUGAGUGCCUUUGUGAAGGAUUCAGACCAAAGUGCCACACUGAUCCAGCUGUUGCUUCCAUUUUUGGAAAGGAAUAUCACCAGAACCCAGGACGUUGAGGUGGAUAUUCUGCAGACAGUGGCAAAUCUCAUUAGACUGGUAGAUGAUCCAAAGGAAUUUGUUCCUCCUUUGUGCAAAUUAUUCUCCUCUUUACAUUCUCGAGUCUCCAGAACAGCUUUAUGUCACGUACUGAAGUGCAUUUCAGAGAGAGAUGAAAGCAUAAGCAUAAUGGCUGAUAUUGUGCACAAGCUGAAUGCAUGGGAUGCAAGGCGGGUUGAAGAACCAGACUAUAUGACCAGAUUAGAUGCUUAUAAAGAGAUCAACCACAUUAUCCAAAAAAUGGAGCCUAGUGUGCAGUUUUUGAGAAUGAUCAUUUAUAACUGCUGUUUCUGUAUAGGCAAUGUGGAUGACCUUUCUUUGAGAGACAAUGCUUCAUUCACCCUUCAAGAAAUGGUUAAGACAUUGGCCAGUAAAAACUGUGAUAAUGAAGUCUUUGUGGAAGUUGUCCUAGACACACUUAUACCAGAGAUUAAGCUAGGACUGAAAAACAAGACUGAGGUGGUGAGACAUGAAAUGCUCAAUCUUUUUUCUCUGGUAGUCAGACAUUUCCAAACUCAGCCAAAGUUCGCAGACUUUCUGGCCUUAACAAACGAAGACUUGGAAGUGGACUUCUUUGAGAAUAUCAGACAUAUACAGAUCUUCCACUUUUGGUAA